CCGUAAUUAUAAUCUUUGGGGUUAGAGAACUUGGAGAAUUUUGUUAUUUAUACUGAGUUAAAUAUUUUCUUCAAAGCAUGAGAUAAAAACAUACAUAAACUUCAGGAAUAUGUACGAAUUAAAAGCAUGUUCUGUAUGCCUUAGUACAGGUGUGAAAUUUGUGAAUAUAGAUAGUGGUCCAUUAAGACAUGAAUACAAUCUCGUUUCCGGUCUGAAGACAAAUCCAGAAAGUGGUUUACCACACCAUCUUUGCAUAGAGUGUGCAACAUUCAUAAAAAAAUUUAUGAAGUUCAGAAAUAAGUGUCAAAGAGCUUAUUAUACAUUACUGGAAAUUUUAAACACAAAUUGUGAGAUCACUGAGCAAGUUUUAAAAGCAUUGAAUAAACAAAGACUUAAAAUUAAUCCUUCUUUAUCAUAUUUGGCAUCAAAUAAUCCAAGAGUAAAAUAUGAAGUUGUUAAAUUUAAAUGGUUAAAAGAAAGUCGGGUACCUUUAGAAUGUAAUAAAAUACAAACAUUGCACUAUAGCACCUUAUAUGAUGAAACUCCUCAAGAACAAAUAGAAAAUAAAGUAACUGAAGUUGAAGUGAAUGAAACUAAUGCAUUUAACAAUUUAGUGGAUGAAACUGUAUCUGAUGAUGAUUAUUUUAAUGAUAAUUCACAAAAGGAUGAUGAUGUUGAUGGCUCUAACUUAGAGGAGGAUUUUGCAGUUGUUAUGCCAAUAUCUAGGAAAGAAGCGGAAGCUGUUGCAGAAAUAUAUAAAAUGUUGUCUCAAGGAAAGUUUCAGUGUAAAGUAUGUGGAAACUCAUAUUACACAGAGGCUCGUUUAAAAGUGCAUAUGAGAAUGCAUGAUACUAGUUUGAGUGGUAAAUAUUUUUGUGAGCUAUGUAGUUUUUAUUACAAGACAUCAUUUCAAUUGAAGACACAUAUUUCUGGGAAACAUACAUACAAGUACCUAUGUAAGAAAUGCCCGGAAGUCAGUUUUGAUAGGACAUCAGCAAAGUCACAUUACAUUUGGAAUCAUCUUAAAGACAUUCCAAAGUCCAAACUUGGAAAGAGAAAAGCAAAAAAUUACUCGCAUUCUGCUCAAAAGAGGAAGAAGCUACCUUCGGAUUUCCCUCUAUGUUUGCCUGUUAGCCAAGAGGAUCAAUACAGACUUGUAAAGGAGCGACAACAAUCGAAGAAUUACAUAGAGUCGCCAUUUAAAUGUGAAUUAUGUUAUAAAGGUUUUCGGGAACCGGCUACGUACGAUAAACAUAUGAAGAAACAUGACCCGGCGAUAUCAGGUCAAUACCAAUGUGACGUGUGCAAGGUGUACGUAAAAAAUACAAGACAGAUAUACAAACAUAUGGCAAGGAGUCACAUUCAUAAGUAUUCCUGUCAGGAAUGUCCCUUCACAUGUUUUUGUAGAGGACAAGCAAAAAUGCAUUACAGAUGGCAUAAGAAUGUUACGUACUCGUGCCCACAUUGUAAUAAGGAAUUUGUAAAAGCUUCAACCCGUCUUACGCAUAUACGCAUAAAGCAUCCAUCUACAUUUGUAUGCACGAUAUGUGGACACAGUUUUGUGAGCGAAUCCGGGUUGUAUUGCCAUAAGAAGAUCGCACAUACAAAAGAGGAAAUGGAUGCAAGCUCCAAACUGAAGACGGACAUUGAAACGACUAGCUCUUUGUACUGUGCUGAGUGUCAACUUCAGUUUCAUAGUGAGGCGGCCUUCGUCACACACUUUGGUAGUUCUAAUAAACACGCUUCAACCAAUCUUUCAAUAAAACCGUCGCGUGGCGAAGAAACGCUUGUGAACGGAAAGGCCAGUACGCGCCCGCGGGGAAGACCGCGAAGAGAUGUCUCAGAAGUUCUUAAUAACGGUACAUCAACGGCUGGAAACUGUGAUAUAUGUAAGAAAUACCUAUCAAACGACGUUCAAGCUCGCAAGCAUUACGAAUCGGAACAUCCAGGCGCAGAAUAUCUAAAGCGAUACAUGUGUGAUAUAUGCGGACACACCACUAAGCAAUACGCGAACCUUAUGGUUCACAUGCGUACACAUACGCGCGAAAAGCCGUACGCCUGUCCGUACUGCGAUCGUCGGUUCAGUAUGGUCAGCAACCGGGAUCGCCACAUUGUCGUACACACAGGUGAAAAAAGAUAUGAAUGCCAGCAUUGUGGACGUCGAUUCACGCAAAGUAGCGCUGUCAAACUACACAUCCAAACCGUCCAUCUCAAAAUCCCUUACGCACCUUGGGACAAGAAGAAUAGGAAGAGAAGGAAAGAGAUGGAAACAUCUCUCGCCUCUGUCGCACAGCCAAAGGCGCCCGACACGCAAGGGGAGUAUAUUAAUGCGUAUAUGUUUAAUUUAUAAGUAUGAUUGUAAUAUUACUCCGCCGCGGCUUAGUGGUGGCGAUUGCUUAUAAUGCAGAGGCAUUAAAAGCUGAAACACUUGCCUUUAAUAUAGACUGCCCCUUAUAGGCUCAAACAGUUGGUAACUAUUGGGACUAACGAUAUUAAACUUUUUAUUAAUGUGGACUGAGACUGAAAUGAAAUGUUUUAUUUGUACUGAUCUGCCUAAGUUUUAUCUUUAUUUUUAUCUUUUGAACUAAAAGGGUUUACAAUUUGUGGUGUUAUUUUUUUUGACAUUUGAUUGAUUGUAUUAAAAAAAAUUAUCAUUAUAAAUAAAAAAUAAUAAUAAUAGAUUUUUUAUAAAUAAAAACAAAUGAAUUGUAUAAAAAAAACUGUAUUUUAAAUUACAUAAUUUCUUUAUUUAUAUUGUGAUUUUACUUUUUAAUUUCAUGCAUGUGGAAAGGUCUGUAAGGAUGGAUAUUUUAUGAUUAAAUAAUUUAUGUACA